GUCAAAUGAUCUACAAGACCUUGCCUCUUUAUUUUAAGGCACCAAAUUUUGUUUAUGAGUGAAACCAAGAAAGCAUCCCAUGGUAUCGUGUGAUGAUCAUUGGAUUCGGACACAAGCCAUCCUUUCACCUUCUUGUUCCAAUCUUUUCACUCUCUUUUCCCUCUCCAAAAUGGGUCUCUUCUUCAGCUCAAAAAACACCAUCUUCACAAACCCCAUUGAAUCACCAACCCCACCUCCAAAUCACCAAGAAACAAAAACCCAAUUACGAAUUCUCACUUGUUUCAGCCUUCAAGUCUUGUUCAAUAGAUUCUUGUAUCACACGAGGCCAACAACUCCAUUCCCUUGUCUUAAAAUCCGGCUUUGAAUCCAACAUUUACAUCCUAAAUAGCUUAAUCUCUUUUUAUGUAAAAUGUGGAUUAGUAACUGAUGCUAAGUCUAUCUUUGACGCUAGUACUAGGUCAGAUGCAGUGUCUUGUAACAUAAUGUUGUGCGGGUAUGUAAAAUUUGGGCUUUUGGACGAAGCUCGUGCGGUGUUUGAUAAAAUGCCUGAGAAAAAUUGUGUGUCUUAUACCACUAUGAUAAUGGGUUUGGUACAGAAGGGGUUUUGGAGUGAGGCUAUUUGGGGUUUUCGGGAUAUGAGGUACUUUGGUGUUGGUCCAAAUGAGGUGACUAUGGUGAAUGUCAUCUCAGCUUAUUUGCAUUGUGGUGGGGUUGAGGUGGGUAAGAUGCUUCACGGGUUGGUGUUGAAAGUUGGGGUUACUGAUUUCGUUCACGUAUCCACCAAUUUGCUUCAUUUGUAUUGUCUUAGUGGGUGUUUAAAGGAUGCUAGUAUGUUGUUUAAUGAGAUGCCUGAAAAAAAUGUGGUUUCUUGGAAUGUAAUGCUGAAUGGGUAUACUAAGGCUGGGUUAGUUGAUUUAGGUAGAGAGAUUUUUGAACAGAUUGUUGAUAAAGAUGUGGUUUCUUGGGGUACGAUUAUUGAUGGUUAUUUGCAAGUGGGGAGGUUGAGUGAGGCUGUCAGAAUGUAUUCUGAAAUGCUACAUACUGGGCUGCAUCCUAAUGAUGUUAUGAUUGUAGACUUUCUAUCAACAUGUGGACAAGUGAUGUGUAUUUAUGAGGGUAAGGAGUUUCAUGGUGUAGCUGUGAAGAAGGGUUUUGAUAUCUUGGACUUUAUACAGGCAACAAUAGUUCACUUUUAUGCAGCUUGCGGGGAAGUGGAUCUUGCUCGUUUGCAAUUUGAAGUAGGAAACAAGAACCAUAUUGCAUGUUGGAAUGCCCUAAUAGCAGGACUUAUUAGAAAUAGAAAAAUUGAAGAGGCGAGACAUUUAUUUGACCAAAUGCCUGCAAGAGAUGUUUUCUCGUGGAGUUCCAUGAUUUCUGGUUACUCACAAAGUGAGAAGCCUGAUUUGGCUCUUGAGCUUUUUCGUGAGAUGUUAGCUAGUGGCGUAAAACCAAAUGAAAUAACUAUGGUCAGUGUCCUCUCUUCUAUUGCUACUUUGGGAACAUUUAAAGAAGGUAGAUGGGCUCAUGAUUAUAUUUGCAAAAACUCCAUCCCUUUGAAUGACAACUUGAGUUCAGCACUGAUUGACAUGUAUGCCAAAUGUGCUAGCGUCAAUGAUGCCUUAGAGGUAUUCAAUCGAGUUCGAGAGAAAGCUGUUGAUGUCUCACCAUGGAAUGCCAUUAUUUGUGGCCUGGCAAUGCACGGUCACGCGCAUUUAUCUCUUGAUAUUUUCUCAGAUUUGCUGAGGCGAACCAUUAAACCCAAUUCAAUCACCUUCAUUGGAGUCUUAAGUGCAUGUUGUCAUGCUGGGUUGGUGGAGGCUGGUGAACAGCAUUUCCAGAGCAUGACUAAAUUGUAUAAUGUAGAACCAAAUGUUAAGCACUAUGGUUGUAUGGUGGAUCUUUUUGGCAGAGCAGGAAGGUUGAAAGAAGCUGAAGAGCUCAUAAGGAGCAUGCCAAUGGAGGCAGAUUGCAUCAUAUGGGGCACAUUGUUAGCUGCUUGUAGAACUCAUGGUAACACAGAAAUAGGAGAAAGGGCUGCAGAGAACCUUGCAAGAGUGGAGCCAUCUCAUGGUCCUAGUAGGGUCCUUCUCUCUAACAUUUAUGCAGAUGCCGGCAAAUGGGAUGAUGCAUUUCUAGUAAGGCAAGCUAUGCGAAGUCGAGGAUUGACAAGGUCAACUGCAUAUAGUGGCGUUGUAUGAUACUUUGAUUUUGUUACCUGUUGUUACAGCAAAACUCUUUUUGCACUGGGCUGCCAAGAGAAGAGUUCACCAAGGGUUCGGUUGUUCGCCGAUUCAAGUGGUAGUUGGGUAUAGAAUGUCGUGAGACGGUUCGGUUCCUAUCUACUGUUAGUGUUAAAGGGAGAACUGCGAGGAGCCAACCCUAUUACGAGAGUACUGGGUUGGGCUAACCUAUGUUAUACCGGUUGUUAUGCGAAUAGCAGCGCCGGGCAGCUAAGUUGGUAUGGAAGAACUGCUGCGCUGCGGGAUAUCCUUCUCUAGUGCGUGAUUACAGAGUUUAUAUCACCAUCUAGUCUAUCUCGGCCAGUGUAAGCUUUAACUGAUUGAUUGAGGCAUAGUUGAUAGAUUAAUUGAUUGAUAUAGUCUAUAUUGGCCAAUACAUUGUACAUUGCAGUUGCCAAGAAAACAUUUCAAGCUAACUGCUGAUUGUCUUCAGUUCUUUCUUUUAUAAUGGCUAUCCUUGUGUUACGAGAUGUAAAAAGUUUGGAAAAGUUGGUUCUUUUCCUACUAUCUAUUUGGGGAUGUCUUUGGGAGCAAAAAGCAAAUCCAAAGAAAUAUGGAAUGGAGUUCUGGAAAGAUGUGAGAAAAAGUUAGCCAGAUGGAAAGCACAAUACAUUUCUUUGGGAGGUAGACUAGUUCUUAUUAACUCUGUGUUACACGCUCUCUCAACCUACAUGAUGUCCCUAUUCCCUUUUUACCUGCAAGUGUAGAAAGGAGAAUGGAAGUCAUGAGAAGGAAUUUCCUGUGGCAUGGAAAUAAAGAGAAGAAAGGAUUUCACUUAGUUAAAUGGAAAAAGUUGACCAUUAGUAUACUAGAAGGGGGUUUGGGAAUCAGAAAUUUGAGAAGGCAAAACAAAUGUCUAUUAAUGAAGUGGUUGUGGAGGUUUACAAGGGAAGAACAAACACUAUGGGGAAGGGUGAUAAGAGCGAAGUAUGGAAAAGAAGGCUUCUGGAUGACUAGGGAGGUGAAGAAUCGUUAUGGAACCAGGAACAUGUGGCCAAGUCUUUCAUCCAAACUGAAUUUUAAUGUGAGGGAUCUUGGAAUAGGAUGCUUGAAGGUUUUAUUCCCUGACAUUUUUACAUUGAAUCAGCAACAAAGAGCUACAAUGAAGGAUGUAUGGGGGUUUCAGGUAUGGAACUUAACAUUCAGAAGACUACUUCAAGAUUGGGAACUGCCUAAAAUUGCAGAAUUCUAUAACACCUUGGAUCAAGGUAGAGGAUUGCAAGAGGGGGAAGACACUCUUUCAUGGAAGAAGCACAUUAGUGGAAGUUAUACAUUAAGUUCAGCCUACAAAAAAUUGAAUCAGGUGUCUCAAAACAGUUUAUGGCCUUCGAAACACAUAUGGAAGGUUUAAAUACCAUACAAAGUAGCAUGCUUUACUUGGUUGGUGGCUAAAGCAGUACUUACUCAGGAAAAUCUUAGGAAAAGAGGACUGCCAAUUUGUUCUAGAUGCUAUUUAUGUGGACAAGAUGCGGAGAGGCCAUCUGUUUCUACAUUGUAGAGUGACCAGACAGUUGUGGAAAUUAUUCAUCAACCUUUGAACUUCUGGAACGUUGGAAUACAGGGGGGAAUUCUACCUAAACAAAGACAGAUGGAAAAUUGUCCCAGCAGCUAUUUGGUGGACAUUAUGGAAGGAGAGAAAUGCAAGAUGCGUUGAAGAUACAAGCAGCCCUACACACAAGAUUAAGAUGAAUUGUAUUCUUCUUUUUAGUUAUUGGUGUAAAUUAGAAUAUAUUGAUGACCAUGAUUCAAUCAUAGAAGUUUUAGGCUCCUUGUGAGAAGAACAAGGAUGUUACGCUUUUGGUUUUUGCCUAAGUUAUCCAUGAUGUACAUUUUGGCUCCCA